AUGUGUGAGAGGCUAAGAAAAAGUACUUGCCUUAUAUUACUUUUUGCUGUUUUGGCUAAAACCAAAGAUAAUUUGCGUAUUGCAUUCGAAUGGAAGGAGAUGGACUUUAAAUAUGAAAAUGCCGAAGCACGUUGGACGGCAAUUGAAAAUCAUGAAUUUCGGCCAGAUAACGUUAUACCUUUUGGGUUGGAAGUAUAUAGGUCACGAAUGUAUGUUGCUUUGCCACGAUGGCGAGACGGUGUACCAGCGUCAUUGGCUUAUUUUGAUAUCAAUGAAAAAUCUACAAAAUCACCAUUACUCAUUCCAUACCCUAGUUGGGAGGCACAUAACCUUGCCGACUCGGAUCCAGAGCUUGUUUCUCCAUUUCGAAUUCGAGCUGAUCGCUGUGGCCGACUGUGGGUACUAGACUCGCGUAUUGCAGGCGUUUUAGAGAAUACAACUAUAUUUGGAACCGCCCAGUUAUUAGUUUAUGAUUUGCAUAAUGAUAACCUUUUACGUCGCUACAAAUUUCCUAACAGUCAUAUGAAACAAGGCUCGUUCUUCGCAAAUUUAGCGGUAGAGGACUCUAAUUGCGAAUAUUCUUUUGCCUAUGCUGCUGAUUUAGGUGCCCCUGGUCUAAUAGUUUAUUCAUGGGCACAAGAUGAUUCAUGGCGUGUACAGCACAAUUUCUUUCAUCCUGAUCCAUUAGCUGGAAAUUACAGUAUAGAUGGUAUAGAAUUUCAAUGGGAUGAUGGUUUGUACGGUUUGGCCCUAUCUAAACCACAGGAAGAUGGCUAUGCUAUACUAUACUUUCAUCCACUCAGCUCUACAACUGAGUUUUCAGUUAGUACAAGUGUUCUUAGAAACAAAACCUUUGCUAGUUCUGGUGAAAUCUACCAUAACUUCAAAGUUUUAGGAGCGCGGGGCUCAAACGGACAAGCAGGAGCAGCAUUUAUAGACCCACGUACCGAAGUAUUGUUUUAUACUUUACCAAAUCUAAAUGCUCUGGACUGUUGGAGUACAACUAAUACAUAUUAUUCCACCGAUACUCAGGGGCGUGUUUACACGAGUGCGCAAGAAUUCGUAUUUCCCACCGAAGUAAAGGUCGAUACGGAAGAUAGAUUAUGGGUACUUUCGAAUAAAUUACAAGAAUUCAUUUAUGAUGAGCUCUAUCCUGGCAGAGUAAAUUACCGUGUUUUUACUGCGAAUGUAGUGGAUGCAAUCGCAAAUACUGUAUGCGAUACCAAGAUGAAACCGCUGCCAGAAAUAGUUAAAACUGAAUUAGAUACGAUACUGGACACAGUGAUAAACUCUACGAAAGAGGUAUCUGCUUCAGGUGUGGUAGCUAAAAGUUUAAGCGAAAUCAUUGUACUUAUAGCCGCGUGUUUACUGAUAUUAGUAUAAUUUUUAAUACAAUCUAUAUAGUUUUAGUCCAACUAAUGUUAUUUUGUAUGUAAUAAUAGAAAACUAAAUAUUUAGUAUUGAAGAAUUUUAUUAAAUUUCUACCAAUGUUAUAAAAUAUUUCCUUAUUAAUUGAGUAUAGAAAA